AUGGGGCCAAAGAAAGUAUGUGCAAAGGAGAGUGGCGAGAAGAAGAAGAGAAUGCUGCCGAUGGAGGUAAAGCGAGAAAUAAUAGAAAAACAUGAGCGUGGUGUACGAGUGAUGGAACUGGCCCGGGUGUAUGAGCAUAGCACAUCGACCAUUUGUACCAUCCUAAAGCAAAAGGAUGCCAUCAAAAGUGCAAAACCAGCUAAAGGAACUACAAUUCUGUCGCAAUUAAGGACAAAUGUCCAUGAAGAAAUGGAGAAGCUGCUCUUGGUAUGGUUGAAAGAGAAGGAACUAGCGGGAGAUACAGUGACGGAGAGUAUAAUUUGCGAAAAGGCUCGCGUUAUUUACGCAGAUUUGAAGAAGGAAGAGGCAUCAACUUCAGAAGGGGGAGCAGAAGACAUGUUUAAGGCAAGUCGUGGGUGGUUCGAUAAUUUUAAGAAGAGAAGUGGCAUUCAUUCGGUGGUGAGGCAUGGCGAAGCUGCAAGUGCCGAUGUAAAGGGAGCUGAAAGGUACAUCGUCGAGUUCGCUGAGCUUAUUGAGGAGGAAGGCUACAUCCCGCAACAAGUCUUUAACUGCGAUGAGACGGGAUUAUUUUGGAAGAAAAUGCCACGGAGGACGUACAUCACCGAAGAGGAGACGAAGAUGCCAGGCCAUAAACCUAUGAAGGACCGUCUGACCCUUGCAUUGUGUGCAAAUGCUAGUGGUGACUGUAAAGUAAAGCCACUGCUAGUCUACCAUUCUGAAAAUCCUCGAGCGUUCAAGUCACACAAAAUUCUGAAAGAAAAACUGCACGUGACAGAGAACACCAAGCUUACCCUUCGAGAGUUUUGGAAAGAGCAUUACAAUAUCGUCGUAUGUUUACGUAUCAUUGACUCGGCAUGGCAAGAGGUAACGAGACGAACCUUGAACUCGGCAUGGAAAAAGCUAUGGCCUGAUGCUGUUUCAGAGAGGGACUUCGAAGGGUUCGAACCCCAAGCAACGGUGGAGGAGAUUGUGUCCCUCAGAAAGUCGAUGGGUCUGGAGGUAGAUGAGGGCGACGUCAACGAACUCGUUGAGGAACAUGAGGAGGAACUCUCAAUUGAGGAGUUGAAGGAGCUGCAGGUGAUGCAACAUACGAAGGCCCUGCAAGAGAUUAGUAGCAGUAGCGAGGGGGAGGAAGAGCCGGAGGAAUUGAUUCCUACAAGUCAAAUUAAAGACAUGUUAGCAAUGAAAAUUCCUGUUUACAUAACGGGACUAAGUAGCCGUCCAGCCAUACCCCUCCGUCACUCGCCUCCCUUAGCUGCCCGCACGCGACUGUCACCAAGAGGUACCACGGACAUCAGAGCCAAAUCCCAACACGUGGCUGACUAUCAGUCCAAGUAUUUUUCCAGUGGUAAAUCCCCUGUCACUUCUCCUCAUCCUCUCCUCUCCUCGUUGUUGGUGCAUCUAUGA